GUGAUUGGGCGAGAUGAGGGCCACGCCCACCGCGCCAACGUAUCUGCGCAUGCGCUGGGCGGAAUCUUCUGGUACUUUCGACGCGUCUGCAGACUGUGCAGUCAGUUCGCGUCAGGACGUCUGAGGUGGGGGUCGUUGGUCUACUCUCUGAGAAUAUAAACGAAAAACCUCUCUUCGUCCUAAGCUUUGAGAGGAAGGCGUCCGUUGGGCCUUUCUCUCCGUCUUGAGCGAGGCGUGGACGGCCUGCGCCAGUCUCGGGAAGUUGUUUCUUUCUGGAGAACACGAAAGCUAAAGCCUCAGGUGAAGAUGUCCAACUACGUGAACGACAUGUGGCCGGGCUCGCCGCAGCAUUCUCCCUCGAUGUGUGGCUCGGGCGAUUCGAGCCGGCUGUCGUCGCGGUCGAGGAGCCGCUCUUCCGGAAGCUCUCGGCCCUAUUCCCGCGUCUCCAGUCGGUCGUCGUCCAGGAGUCGGAACCGGCCCCGGAGGAGGAGCAGGUCCAGGUCUCGUUCCCAAAGGCGCCACCAGCGGAAGUACAGGCGCUACUCGAGGUCUUACUCGCGGAGCCGGUCGCGAUCCCGGAGCCGCCGGUACCGAGAGCGGCGCUAUGGGCCGUCCCGGAGAUACUACCGGUCUCCUUCGCGGUGCCGGUCCCGGAGCCGGUCGCGCUCUCGAGGAAGGUCGUACUACAGAAGCUCCUGCGCGCUCACGCGGGGGCGGCGCUACUACGGCUUUGGGCGCACGGUGUCCCCGGAGGAAUACAGGUGGAAGGAGAGAUCCAGGACGAGGUCUCGGAGCAGAACCCCUUUCCGCUUAAGUGAAAAAGAUCGGAUGGAGCUGUUAGAAAUAGCAAAAGCCAAUGCAGCAAAAGCUUUAGGAACAACCAACAUUGAUUUGCCACCUAGUCUCAGAACUGUAGCUGUAACUAAAGAAAGAAACCGUGGAACAGCUGUACCAAAUUCUGGUGCUAAGUUGGAGAAAUCAUGAAUGUGGUCUCCAGACAUUGAUGAAGAAAAUCUGUUGGUAAUUGAUACAUGGGCUAAAGCAUUUGAAGUUUACAUUCACAUACUGAAAGCUUAGUUUUUUGUUGUUAGAUCUAUGUGCAUGCUAGAAUUUGGGACAGGUACUAUUUGUAUAAGGUACUGAAAACAAUUUUUAACUAAGCAAGGGUACACUUUGUAAUGGUGGGGCAUCUGUGAUAUAGAUGUCCCUUUCAUAAUAUAUGCGAUAUAUUCCAGAUGUUUUGAGAGAUUACAGAAGAGGAGGCCUGCUUCACUUGCAGAUAAGUUUAUUAUAAUUCUCCAGAAAUGUGCAGGAUGUGCAUUGGCAAAUCGCACUGUACUUUUAAUUGUGUGAAAUCUAAAGCUUAAAAUUCAUAGUUUUGAAAGUUUGAAGUUGUUAGGAAUUGACAAAAAUUAGCACAGUAAAGAUUAUCAGUCCUAUCUAAAUGCUGUGGUCCCCAACUCCUGGGCUGCACAGCAGGAGGUGAGUGGCAAGUGAGCCUUCAAUUGUAAACCAGCUUUCUUUAUUGACAGCUGCUCCCCAUCCCCCACAUCCUGUCUGUGGAAAAAUUUUCUUCCAUGAAAUUAGUCCCUGGUGCCAAAAAGGUUGGGGACCGCUAUAAAUGAACCUGUCAUUGGGACCUAGUUGUAUGUUGUAUUAGUAGACAAAUAAGAUCUUAGUUUGAGUUGUUUAGACUAUUAGAUGUCCAGCUGGCAAAUAGCUUAAUUCUUUGAAACUAGGUAUUUUCUGGUAAGACUUGACUUUCAAUAGUUACUUGGAUUUGCAGCAGGGGAAUAAAAUAAUUAUGGGAAUAGUGUCUUAAACCUAUUAUUAUUAAAUCAGUUUUGUUAAGGGGAAAACUUGAGUUCUGUGUUAAGCUGUUAGCUGUAUGGUUAGAUGGAAUUUGAUUUGUGUCUACUAAAUUUAUAUAUAGUUGAGCUGUUUUUAAUAUGGUACUUGUAAGCCAAGGAUAUGUUUUUUAAAGUUAUACUUUCUUUUACCUGUCUAGCUGUCAGAACUGUCA